CAUGACACGGCCAGCUUAAUCUCUACAACAGUGCGGAUUCUCUUAAUCGGCGGCCUCACGCUUUCGGGUGACAGACUAUUUAGCCACUGUUCUGCACAAGCGAAAAUAUUUGUGUGGCUGCAUUGAAAGGGGCCAAUUGCCCUGCGCCCCAAGCGUUUAAAAAUUCAAAGAAGGGACGUUCUUGGCUUGGCCAAUACAGUACUGACUAUUGAAUUCAAAGAGGGGACAGUUAUGACGUCUUCGAACCACGACAGUUUAUAUACCGCUUGCCUCGAGUCUCCUCUCUAGUCUUCCCCGACUGCUCAACAACCAUCUACACUCGCACUCAAAGCAUAUCCACCACAAAACUCACCAUGUCUUCACCUUUGACUAUCGACUUUUCGGGAAAAUGCACCAUUGUCACUGGGGGUAACCGCGGAAUUGGCCUCGGGUAUAGCCGCGCUCUCGCUAGGGCUGGUUCCCGAGUGGCAAUCGUCUACAGGAGUAACCCAGAUGCCCCUAAAGUCGCUAAAGAGCUUCAAGAGCAAUAUAAAGUCAAAGUCCAGGCUUAUAAGUGUGACGUCACCAACGCUGAGCAAACAGUUGAAACUUUUGCUCGCAUUGACAAAGAUCUUGGCCCCGUCUCAGGUCUUGUUGCAAAUGCUGGCGUUUCUGCAGUGAAGCCUGCUUUCGAUCUGACUACGGAGGACUUCAACAAGGUGUACAGCGUUAAUGUUCUCGGCGUGUUCAACAGCGCCGUGGCUGCUGCAAAGCUUUGGAGAGGCAAGGACUUGAGGAACCUUUCGAUCGUGAUCACGUCCUCUAUGAGCUCGCAGAUCAUCAACCAAGCUGCGACAAACGAACCCUUGACGCAGGUCUUCUACAACUCCUCCAAGGCUGCCGUCUCCAACCUCACAAAGGGGCUGGCUGCUGAGUGGGCUCAACACAAAAUCAGAGUGAAUGCAGUGUCUCCCGGCUAUGUGUACACGGAUCAAACCCAUGAUUUGCCCAAAAAAGUCGUAGAGUAUGAAAAGCAACACAUUCCCUUGGGAGAUCUCGCUCGUCCCGAUCAGAUCUCAGGCCAGGCACUUUUUCUCUUGUCUGAGUAUGCCAGUUACAUGACUGGCGGGGAGUAUUUUGUUGACGGUGGCCAGCUUAUCUGGUAAAUUCACUUGUCACCACAAAGGAGUGAUCAAUGACGCGGCUGGGGCUUAAG